UUAUGAGAUGGUGUGUAUUUAUAGAGUAGAUAUCGGGAAGUAGUGAAUUGCGGGCACCCUGUGGAUAAGGUGACAGUUAUACCAUCAGCAACUGUAAGACGCAGACUGGAAAGAUCGGCAUUAUGUUGUCUUUAUGGCGUCAAAACAGUUAGAAAAUCAACAAAGUCACCAUCCUUUCAACGCCAAACCAACCAGAAGGCAGUAAAGAGGCUCUCGAGAAGUACCUCGAAUGUCAGGAACAAGACUUACUCGGAGGGUAACGGUUGAGGGGGGAAAGAAAGUCGCGGAGACAAGCAGUAGUGCGGUACCAUCACAAUCACAGUCUUCGUCAAGAAGAAGCGUUUUCGAAAGAUUGGGGCCCGGUGCUGUGGAUCGAUCCCAGCCCCGUGAGGCUUACCAACCCGAGAGAUGCCGUAACUGGUUGAGAGAUGGUCGCUGUCUGUAUGGGAAUAAUUGCAAGUUUCUCCAUGGGCCUUUCACUGACCCAAAGCCGCGGACCAAGACAGUGAGGAGUGUGGUACAAGGUACUGCAAGAUCUGAGGAAGAAGAUGAAAGACCUCACCAUUCUCGUACCAAAAGCCUGGAUAGUGUUGAUUUUGAGGAAGACGAUGCCAAAGAUCUUCAGCAUAAGCAAAGGAGACCAAGAGUAGAGGAAGAACCGGGUGACUCGCCCCAAAAGAAGGCAACGAAGGUCAAGAAGAAGCACACACCAAAACACGGCACAGAUGAUGAUGAAGAGCCAGCAAGUCGUAAGCGCAAGAAGAAGUCCCACAAAAAGCGGGACUCCACCCCAGAGGCCGCCCCCUCCAGUCCUGGAGUGCUUGCGGCAAGAACUGCUAUGCAAUGGGAAGACCAAGGGGAGCUAGACUAUCAGAAGCAGCUUGCCUUGGAGAAACGGAGACAGGACCUUCAGCGGCAGCUAGCCCUGAUGGACGAGGAAGAUGCUGCUGUUGAUGACGGGUGGGAGGGCAAGGAGGUGAGGAAGGAGGCAAGGCGGCAAGAGGAGGAGCACAGGAAGGUGACUGUUGUACACAGUAAGCUCCACCCGGAGCAGUCCGUCACCCCUCCUGCCAGCACCUCGCCCUCUGCACCACCCCCAGCUGCCACCGAGAAAAAGAAGAAAAAGAGAGAGGGAGAUGGUAAAGUUAAAGUCAAGAAGGAUGGCUCACCUCGCAGGAAGGAUGAAGAGAAGAGGAAGGUCACUACUGAUGAGGAAGACAGAGGAGCAGAGAAGAUAAAAUCUAAAGACAGUAUCUCAGAGGAGGAAAGAGUUGCUGAACGACCACCAAAGAAAACUCCUCAAAAAAGACGCCCAAUGGAAGAGCCUGAUUAUAGAAGUCUUCCCGUACAAGACGAUGUGCGUUCAAGAUCAGUGGAGGGUGAGCCCGCGAGGAAAGAGAGAUCAAGCCCAGAGAGAAGAAUGGGGAAGCAGAGACGUGAUGUAACUUUGGACUGGGAGGAGCCUUUGCCAAGACACGUGGAUGAAAGGCCCCGGCGACCACAUGAUCAUCACGCGGAUCCCUACGAUUCACACGCCAUAGCGGAAGAAUACCCUCGGGGACGGGAUCAGGGGAGGGAAGAGGGCAGGAGGGAUAUGACCCCAGAGUCUCACAGGAGAGGACCACCAUCCCGUCACGACAGGGCUCCACCCCCUGCUUCCAAGCGGAUUCCUACAGGGGAAGGGCACAGGGCAGAGGAAGCCAGGUCAGCAGAGCGUGGGCGGAGGAGGGAAGGUGAGCGAGGCUCAAGUGGACCUAGAACUCCGUCCCCAGAUAGGGGACGGCAAAGGACUCCCGAGGGUGCAGCCGGUCGGUAUUAUGAUGAAGGGCCUGAUGAUAAGCUGGAGUAUCCCGUAAAGGGCGGUAGGGGUAGAGGACCAAGGACACCGCCCGGUGAUCCCACCUACGAGCAUACUAGGGGACCACCCCCUGAGAGACAUGCCCGACCUCCAAGAACCCCUCCCUCUGACCACGACGAUCGUCCGUUUAGCCCUAUUGAACAAGAGGCUAAUCGCAGCAACCGAUUCUCUGAGCGUGAUGGGGAGUUUUCCCGACGACAGCGCGAACCCGAGGCGAUGGCGCGCGAUAACAGCUAUCCAGACAGGGCAAGAUCCGAUGGUGAUUACGAUAGACGAGGAUCCAGAGAUAACGAAACGAGGGGCGCUAAGCCAGUCGAGGACUAUCCCAGGUCUAGACCUAGAGACGAGAGCUUUGAGAGAGGGCGACCGAGGGAUAACCGAGACGAUGAUUACUCGAGAGGUCGCGAGAACAAGGAAGAGGACUACCCGAAGGGUCGGCAUCGUGACGAGAGACCCGAGGAAUUUCCGAGGAGAGGCCGAGAUGAGCCCGAGUUUGUGCGGCCCCGAGGAAGAGACGAUGGAGGAAAACCCUCGCGAGAACCCCCGCGUGAUCAGCACCGGCGGCCUUACGAUGAUCCCGGGGGACUGGAGCGGGAAUCCCGCGGGGAACGGGACGCCAGGAGGGACGACCCUCGCGAGGACCGUAGACCUGACAUGAUCGAAGGGCGUGGACGUGAUAGGCCGGAGAGACCGGACAGAACCGGCGAAAGGGGACGCGAGCCCCGCUACAGCACCCCACAAGGACCAGACUACCAUCGCCGACCAUCCCCAUCCCCACCCGGACCCCCUAGAAACGCCCCAUAUGGCCCCCCACGGGGACGAUCACCGCCACCGUCGCAUCGCUUUGAUGACCGAAGGCGACCAGACGAAGGCUUCCGGGGGGCACCAGGCAGAGACAAUAUGGGUGGGCGAGGGAGGGGAGGGAGGGGGAGAGGAGGGUAUAACGCGCCUUAUGACAACCGUGGGAAACCAGGCGAUGUCAGGAGACGGAGCCCCCCUUCAGGACCCUCCAGGGGAUUUCAAGACCGUGAUCGAGGGCCCCCUGGCCGUGGAAGAGAUGCUCCUCCCGGCAGAGGCCAAGGUUACACGAACCGUGGCCGAGGUCAACCUGGAAACCGAUACCGCGACCAAGGGGCACCAUGGGAUCGUCGUCCUGAACGGGACAACUCGCGGGACCGAGGUACCCGCCCUUACGAUGAUCGUGACAGGCGACCGCGCGACGCCUCCCCGCCACCAGGGCCUGGGUACCGUGAGCAAAGAUCCUGGGAUGGGAGACGCGGUAGCCCGCCUCCCCCCAUGGCACCUCCGCCACGUAGUGCCAGUCCUAACCACCGGCCCCCGUACGAGGAUGACCUUGAGGGACGCGCGAGGGUUGGGGAGAGGGAAAGGCCGCCGGACGCAUGGGAGUAUCCUGAGGAUGAUCCCCAGGGGAGAGGGGUGCGCAAGCGUCCCGCUAAAGCUUCGUCCCGCUCGCUCUCGCCCGUGGAGCACAAGAAACACCGCAGCCGCUCCCUCGAGAUCCCUGGGCUUCCCUCAGAGCCCCUACACCCUCCCAACGAGGCUACACUGCCUCCAACGCUACGAACCACGCCCCAGAAAUCCCCAGCCCCGGGGAAAGAGGGCAAGAAAGUCAAGAAAAAGAAGGAAGGGAAGAAGUCAGGUCGGUCACCGAGAGAGGGCGUGGUGACUGAGGAGGGGGCUGAUGUCGACAUGGGCCUUGGAGGGGAGGAGGUGAAGACAAAAAAGCCAAAGAAGGAGAAGAAACUGAAGGAGAAGGGGGCGAAGAAGAAAGGAAAGAAAGCGGCGGCGGCCGCUGCUGCUGCUGUGACAGAGACAGCCGUGGAAGAGGAACCUGUUAAGGAAGAACCUGAAGCAGUUGUUGAGCCAGAGGGGGUGCUAGAGGGGGCUCUAGCAGCUCCCGAGGGGGAGGAGGUAGGUUUAAAGCCUGGUAAGAAGAGAAAGCACGCGGACGGAGACCCUCUGAAGGGAAAGGACGGCGAGAAGAAAAAGAAGAAGAAAAAGAAACACACCCAAGAGGUCGUGGUGCAGCCUUGGGCCGACGAGGACGAGGAGCGAAAUGCUGCCGAGGCUGCACGAGCAGUCUCCGAGGAGAACCAAAGCAAGUCCGAACUCAGUCCUGAGCCAACGAAAGUAGAGGAAGAGAAACCCGCAGAUGAGAUGUUUAGCGAUUGGAGCGACGAUGACAGUCCAGUCGGGGAUGACUCGUGGCCCGAUAACCCCCCGGAAUCUCCCGAAGAUCAGCUGCCGACCUCAUCGGUAAAAGCUCGGACCCCAUCACCAGCGCCGCCCGAGGAGCCAAAAGGGCCGUCGUUUGAAGACGUUUAUGACCCGAUUAGUGAUGACGAGUUUGACGCAAUGUAUACACAAAGCGACGAAGAGGAGGAUGUCGAGGAAGUGAACAAGGCCCCGGAUGUUGAGGAAGUGGAUUGGAGCUCAUUAGCUGCAGCCAACACCGGCCUUCAGAAAGAGAAAGAGCCACACGCCCACCUUCAGCGCUUCACACCAGGUCACGUGUUCACAAGAAUCGGUAUCUCACCGAGCCUAGCUGGUCAGCGGCUUACGAACUUAGUCAAGGAAGCAUGCGCCAAAGUUACGAGCGAAUCAGAACUGUUUAUCCCAACGGAGGGUCCUAAAUGCCUUGGGGCUUAUGUAGCGGCGGCGGCCUCUCGUAGAAGGUACAGGAAGGGACUGAUGUCAGAUCUGGGACCCUGUCGGCGCGCACUGUGUGCAAGAAGGGAUUUAGCGAUCAGAAAGCAGCUUGGACGUACUUCAAACAAGCUGGGCAAGGUUGCUGUGCUUGCGGGCUCAUCCUCAGCGCCAGUUGACCGGGAACUAUUCCAAAUGAGCGUGGCAUUGUACAGAAAGGACUCUACCGAGAGCAGCGAGACAGCCCUACCUCCCAGGGUGGGGCAAGCGGUACUCAGCCCCGCAUAGGUAUAGCGUCAAGCCACAGGGAGACUAGUCGAGCUUUAACUAGGCCACGCUAGCUAUGGCAGUACACUCUCAAUACCACAGGUGGACCACGCUAAGUAUGGCAUACCAUCGGGAGACCACGCCCUUAAAAUAGGUACCACAAAAUGACGGAAAAGGUUCUGUAAGCCUAGUUCUAGGCCUUGUUAUCGGGUCUCCUGUGUUUGGAGACGAACCCUUAGAAGGUACGGGUAGUGAAUCAAGAUCACCCGUGACGUCGCAUUUUCGCUUUGUCAGUUAACUUAGCGUACGUUAUUAGUUAGCCAAGUAAUUUUACUUCAACAUACAGAAUAAACUGAUUUCUUAUCGUC